AAUGAGACUCCAAUGGACUGAAGUUAAUACAACAAAAACAAGACAAUGUUGUGUAUUGAAUGGUGACAGAAUUCUUUCGCUUUGAUUCGUUUCUCGUUUUUAAUUGAUGAAAUUAGCUGAAAAUCUUGUGAAUGGUUGAUUUGGAUCAAUUUGGUUUUGUAAUCAAAAAUGAGUGAAAAAGUGGAAGUUAGUGACAACAAUCAAAUCACGAAAUUUGAAGAACCAAACGGUGAACCAACAUGUUCAAUAGUUUUCGAAAAUAAUCCAAACCGGGUCUAUUAUACUGGGCAGGUAGUAAAUGGGUGUGUUCAUUUGGCAAUAAAUGAACCGACAGUAGUUCGAGCAAUAUACGCAAACAUAGUUGGACGAGGUUACUGUAAGUGGAUCGAAGGCAGUAAACAUACUAGCACCUAUUCGAAAGAAGAGGUCUACUUUAGUCGAAAGAUCUAUUACGUCGGUAGUCAGAAUAAUCAGUCAGAUUGCACAACUGUUGAAUCCGGUGACUAUAAAUACUUAUUUGAUUGUAAUAUACCGGAUGAGUGCCAUACCUCUGUGGAAGAACGCAAGGGAUUUAUACGGUAUUCGGUGACUGUUGUCAUUGAAGAAGACGUGGAUAAAAAGAAGGAAUUCGUCGAAUCAUUCACAGUUUUAAAUCCGUUAAAUUUGAACGAUGAUGAGUCUAAUAGUUAUCCACAGUCGGACGAGGGUGAGUUUAUAUUCACCAAAUAUUGUUGCUGUUUAUGCUGCUGGCUAACAGAGCCAGCCAAAAUUUCUGCCAAAGUGCCGAUGAAAGGCUAUGCACCAGGACAGGCUAUAGAGAUCACAAUAAACGUGGACAACAAGAGCAAUCACACAUACGACAACUUCACGGGAAUAAUAUUUAAGAAAGUUGAAUUCUACGCAAACGACCGAACAUGGAGUUCAACUGACAAACUAGCAACAUUCACCUGUGAGGGUUGUAAGGCAGGUGAGCAACUUUCUCGAAAGUUGAUCGUGACAGUGCCACCAACAGCUCGAACUGAAAAGUCCAACAUUUGUUCAAUAAGUUACCACUUAACGGUAGAAUCGUUCGUAGGUUGCAAUGACGACGAAAAUUUGAAAUUUGAGUUUCUGCUUGUAAUCGGUACGUAUCCGGUUCAGAAUACUCAAACCGGUGACAUGGUUAUUUCAGAGCAGCCCACCAAAUCGAUAUCGAACAACGGCGAACAUUUAAAGGCAGCCGUAUCUCAGACUAUCGUCACCAGUUCAGACAAAAAGGAGAAUAUUAUUGAUAGACUGGUUCCGGAUUACCAGGUGGGAGAAUCUAUUCAAUCGGACAAAGAACUGGCCGGGACAUACAGACCAAUGUAUCCGAUGUAUAUAAACAAGCAAUGUCUGUUAGCUUGUACAGUCACAGUUGAACCUGGAGAAGUAAAACCAAUAAAAAUGUGAACCGCAAUCACAACGAAGUUAUCGAGUCAGAUGAAGGAGUAAACCGAAGCAAUCCUCAUAGAUGAUCUGAAAAAUAUUUUUCAUCAGAUGGUAAGUAAGUUGUAUGGCACGACAAUUUAAUAAAUGAAUUUUCGUCAUUUUCUAAAGAC